AUGGUUGGGAAGUCCCUGAUUGCAGGUCUGGUGGUCCUUGUGGUGGCCGCAGUGAGCCUGUUCCUGGGGGUGUUCAUGGGCCUGGGGAAGAAAAACACUCCCCCUCCCCUGGACCACUUCUACUCAAAGGCUGCUGUGGCUGCUGAUGCUGGAAAGUGUUCAGAAGUAGGAAGGGACAUUUUGAAGAAGAAUGGGUCAGCCGUGGAUGCUUCUAUCGCAGCCUUGCUUUGUGUUGGUCUUCUGAAUGCUCACAGCAUGGGCAUCGGAGGAGGGCUAUUUUUUGUCAUCUAUGACUCUGCCACAGGAAAGGUAGAAACCAUUGAUGCAAGGGAAACGGCCCCCAUGAACGCCACAGAAGACAUGUUUGGCAACAACACAAAGCUUUCCCGUACAGGUGGAUUGUCCAUAGCAAUUCCUGGGGAGAUCCGUGGUUACGAGAUGGCCCACAAGAGGCAUGGCAGGCUGCCAUGGAAGGACCUGUUUGAGCCAAGCAUUGCAUUGGCUCGAGAUGGCUUUCCUAUUGGUAAAGCUUUGGCUCAUGCUAUCUCCAAGAGCAAAGUCUCCAUUGAAGGAGACGCCAACAUGUGUGAGGUGUUUUGUGAUUCUCAAAAAAACAUACUGAAGGAAAACGACAUUGUUAGAUUUCCAAAGCUGGCCGAGACGUACCAAAGAAUAGCAGAGGAGGGGCCUGACGUGUUUUAUAACGGGUCAAUGGCACAGAUCAUCGCCGAGGACAUCCAGGCAGCAGGAGGCAUUAUCACCCUGGAGGAUUUGUUGGAGUACCAGCCUGUGCUCAAUGAGAAUCCUCUCAAGCUGAACGUGGGGGAAUACACCAUGCAUGUCCCAGACGCCCCCUCCAGUGGCCCUGUGCUGGCACUCAUACUCAACAUAGUGGAGGGGUACAACUUCACAGGCACAAGUGUGUCUACAGCUGAGAAAAAGAUUCUGACGUACCAUCGAAUCGUAGAGGCUUUCCGUUUUGCUUAUGCCAAAAGGAGCAGACUCGGGGACCCACGUUAUCUAAAUAUUACCGAUCUCGUCCUAAACAUGACCUCAGACUACUUUGCUGAUGGCAUAAGAAGUAAAAUUACAGACGACACCACCCACCCAGACAGCUACUAUGAGCCGGACUACUUUGUCCCAGACGACCACGGGACGGCUCACCUGUCGGUCAUAGCUGAGGACGGCAGCGCUGUGGCGGCCACCAGCACCAUUAAUUUAUACUUUGGUUCCAAAGUCAUGUCGAGAUCAACUGGAAUCAUUUUCAACGAUGAAAUGGACGACUUCAGUUCGCCACACAUGACCAACGGGUUUGGGAUCCCUCCAUCACCAAACAACUUCAUUCAACCAGGCAAAAGGCCGCUGUCUUCCAUGUGUCCUACUAUCAUCUUCGACAAAGAAAACAAAGUCAAAAUGGUUGUAGGAGCGUCUGGUGGUACAAAAAUCACCACAGCCACUGCACUAGUCAUCCUGAAUUCCUUGUUCUUCAAUUAUGACCUAAAGAAAGCUGUGAACGAACCGCGCGUUCACAAUCAGCUCAACCCAAAUAUGACAGUCGUGGAGCAGGGCUUUGAAAAGAGUGUUCUGGAAGGUCUGGUCCAGAAGAACCACAUCACGCAGCUGCUGCCGACUCCAGACUCUGUGGUCCAGGCGGUGGUGCGGCAGGGGGAGCGUCUCUGUGCGGAGUCCGACCCCAGGAAAGGAGGCUAUCCGGCGGGAUACUGA